AUGCAUUUCUUUUCUUUGGUUCUCAUCACAACCAUCGGGGCAGGUUACGCUUUCGGUCGCGAACAAAGUUUCACACAACCAACCUUCACACUUCAGCAGGGCAAGGGUAGCAAUUUGGAUAUCUAUGCCGAAGGUGUUUUUGGGUGCACCGGUGUUACUGUGGACCCGUACGAGCUUACAUCGGACCCAAAAAUCUUGGCUCUUUGCACGACUGCGUGGCUCGUUGCUACCUACCAGGAAGACGCAAAAACACUACAGAUUUAUUGCCGCGGGGGUGGCACAAAAAGCUACAUUUGCGACCGAUUUGGCACAUAUUACAAGUUCAUCACGAUCAGUGGCAUCUCAAUCAACAUCGACCUCAUCAACAACAGUUACGACCAUGUCAGCCUGUGA